GCGAGGAGCAGCCAUGUUCCUGAGCCCGGGCGAGGGGCCCGCUGAGGGUGGGCGGCCAGGGCCUGGCGAGGAGGCCCCCAAGAAGAAGCACCGGAGGAACCGCACGACCUUCACCACGUACCAGCUGCACCAGCUGGAGCGGGCGUUCGAGACCUCCCACUACCCCGACGUUUACAGCCGCGAGGAGCUGGCCGCCAAGGUGCACCUGCCCGAGGUGCGAGUGCAGGUGUGGUUCCAGAACCGCCGGGCUAAGUGGCGCCGCCAGGAGCGUCUGGAGUCAGGCUCCGGGGCCGUGGCAGCCCCGAGGCUCCCCGAGGCCCCAGUACUGCCCUUUGCCCGCCCUCCCGCCAUGCCACUGCCCCUGGAGCCCUGGCUGGGCCCUGGGCCGCCAGCCGUGCCGGGACUCCCGUGCCUCCUGGGCCCGGGUCCGGGGCUGCAGGGGUCCUUCGGGCCCCACACCUUUGGUCCAGGCUUCACGGACGGUUUCACCCUGGAGGAGGCGUCCUUGCGGCUGCUGGCCAAGGAGCACGUGCAGGCUCUGGACAGGGCCUGGCCAUCGGCCUGAACCUGGUGCCUGCCCAGCCCUCCCUCCUCAGCCUGUCUGUGGCCACCCAUGCCGGGUCCCCCACCCCACCACCACCUCCUUACCCUGCCUUGCAGGGUAACUGGCACCCGGUUUCAAGAAAGAGGUGGCCAGAGGAUCCCCGGCCAGGGGAUGGGUCCCUGGCCUGGUCUCAAGGGAGUGUGGGGCCUCAGUCUCCCCAUCUGUCAAGUUGGCGUGGGUGGGCUGGAUUCUGAGGUUCUUAGACUGCAAU